AUGUACCUUGUCUUUGCCUUGAUCGUUGCGGGGACGACCUACUUGCUCUCUGGCAUCGCCAACACGCCCGUCUACCUCGGCCUUGUCCAAGAAGGCUUCACCUCCAACCUCUACAACGUACCCAUCAAUGUCCUCCUCGAAGGGUCUGGCAACGUCGCGGCCACGUCGACCCGCGCAUCGCUCAGCGACCUUCUCUACAAGGCGUGUCGCGACCAUACGUGUGCCAGUGGCUUUACAGCGGCAUCCAACGAGCUAUGGGCGCUGGUCGGGUCAGCGUUCGCGUUGAUUCCCGAGUUUGACCAGCCGCAUUUCCAGAAUUCCAGCCACAUUGUCGUGUUCCAGCACAUCAACAACCUCAGCGGCUGGAACAAGGCGUCGGCCCAGUUUCACAUAUCUGGUCACGACAUGGCGAUCACAUGCAUGGUGCGCCGCGCCAGCUUUGUCUACGCUGGGCACUCGCACCCUAUCGUCGACUCGUUGGCCUUUUGCUCGCAGCGACCGUACGACCCGCAGUGGGUCUGCGAGACGGACGUCGAUGUGAGCGUCAACACGUAUGCGAUCCAGGUCCGGAACGGCGUCGCCGCGUACAUUGGUGUCACGCCGCGGGGCGAGGUCUACUUCAACCCUAACCACGUCGCAACCUUUCGCGGCAGCGCGCUCGGUGCCGUGGCGCUGAGCACGGUGCCGUCUAUCAACGAGUACCACCGCGGGUUCGUGCAAGCCAGUGCCGCGUGGGACGUGCUCGUCGCGGCCCGCUGCAAGAGCCUCGACCGCAGCACGUACCUCGGGUGGCUACUGCAGUGCCAGGGCUACGUCACAAUGACGUGGCAGUGCGACUCGCUCAUGCCGACGAACGCAGCCGUCCUGCUUGCCAUCGUGCUCUACCUCGUGCUGGUCCAGAUUGUGUUUCUGCGUCAAAGCCACAUCUGCUGCGUGCCCGUUGACAUGUCCAAACAUGUGAUUGGCGUCGCGAUCCUCGUCGUCGCGUUUGCUGGCAACGAAAACCUCCAGGCGCUCACGACGUACUUGUACCAGAACCCGAGCUACGGCAGUGUGUACUACUACGCGUUCUGCGGUCCCGCACAACUGGCAUCGAUCGUCGGCAUCAUGACGGGGACGCUCGUCCAGAUGUGGUUCAACCCGCGACUGGUGACCGAGACGUGGCUCCUUCUCGUGUUCAGUCUUCUCAACUGGAUUCUGGUCUUUGUCCUCGAAGCCUACGUGUUUCCAGGCAUGAGCACCAACGUGCCGGCUCGUUGUGCGCUCGUGACGACGUCCAACUGCAUCGUGUUCAGCGCCGUGCUGAAAAUGCACUUUGUCUCGGCCGGCGUCGCCAUGGGUGUCGUUGCGCUGGCGAUCGUCGCCGUGUACGUGCACUCGGCCUGCCGCUUUAGUCCUCCGACACCACCAACGUCCGUGCUCACGUAUUUUAACGCUGCACAGUACGAGCAGUUUCUCACGUCAUCGGCGGGCUGCGUCGGCGAGCGAGGCGCCGACAAUGGUGUGCUCCUCAUCAAAAGCAUGCUGCGCGUGGCACCCGAUACGUUGACGCGCACGACGAACGCACCGUACGUGCUGCUGCACAUGCUGCUGCCAACGAAGCUCGUGAAGCGACUGUACAGCGACACCAUCGGCUCGCUGCACGUCGUGCAUCUCCAAGAAAACGCCAUCGGCCGCACCAGCGGCUACAAAGUGCUCGACAAGAUCGAGGCGUCCAGCGACACGCCGCCGUGUUGCGUCUGAGAGGGCCGAAAUACACGUCAUCUUAUCCAAGAAUAGCGAGGUCGCGUGAUGUGAUAGUACUAUAAGCGUCUCU